AUGGCGUUGCGUGAUCAGGCUUUGAAGAAAAUUGGGGAUAUUACAGCGACCGUAUGGCUUGGUGGGUAUUGGAACGGGACUACCAUCCAAUGGGACGAUAAUUCAGCAACUGAAUAUAAUAAUAUUCUCGAUAAAAAUGCAAAUUCCGGCUACCUGGUGCUCCGAUUAUCGGAUGGAAAAUGGGAUAUUGCGGAAAGUGGUGGUUAUCCGAUCGCUUGUAUAGGCCAGGAUCAGGGGGCCCCAUGUGAUGACGAGUGGCUUUACUCGUCGAAACUGAAGAGUUGCUACAAGCUAAUCGGCGAUUUCAAUGGUUUCACCUGGGAGACAGCUCGAAAUGAUUGCAUGUCUUUAGGCAGUGAUUUGGCAUCAAUUCACUCUGCUGAAGAACAUCGCGUCGUUGUUGGCCUUGCCGAUACCUAUGUGCAAUUGAUGGCCAAUGGCGUGAUGUUGACAAAAGCUGCGACAUGGAUUGGAGGAAGAAGGGCAGGUCCAAACCGCACCGAUUUUGCCUGGUCUGACGGUAGCCCCUUCGACUUUACAAAUUGGGCCGGAGGGCAGCCGGACAACUACGGCGGUGAUCAGAAUUACGUUCAGAUCAUCACCACCGUGGUCCCAGGCCACUUCGCACCGACCGACGUUUGGUUGAAUCGCUGGGAUGAUACAGCGCAUUGGCUGGGAUAUAAUGCGAUUUGUAAAAAGGCUGCAAAAUAU